UCCUGAUGGAAUAAACCACCGCUGAGAAAGUUGUUGCCUACUCAGACAGAUUAUUGCAAGAAUCUUGCUGUAUUCUGAAAUUAGUGAAAAAUGACCAACCAGUCUCUUCAUGUCAACAUUGACAAGUGGAUUGCUGAAAAUGAGAGUUCAUUUCUACCACCUGUAUGCAACAAAUUAAUGUUCUUUUAUCAACUGAAUAUUAUGUAUGUUGGUGGUCCAAAUGUAAGGAAGGAUUAUCACAUUGAAGAAGGGGAAGAGCUCUUUUACCAGGUGAGGGGUGACAUGGUUUUGAAAGUGAUAGAGAACGGCAAGCAUAAAGACAUACACAUUCGAGAAGGAGAGAUGUUCCUGCUUCCAGCACGGAUUCCCCACUCUCCUCAGAGAUACGCAAACACAGUAGGGCUGGUCGUGGAGAGGAGGAGGCUUCGCUCUGAGACAGAUGGCCUCAGGUACUUUGUGGAUAAUAGUACAGAUGUCUUGUUUGAACGUUGGUUCUACUGUGAGAACCUGGGAACCCAACUUAUUCCCAUCAUCAAAGAGUUUAUGGAUUCCAAACAGAAUAAAACAGGAAAGCCUGAUCCAGCUGAACCCAUCAAGCCAACCCCAUACCCACUAAACACAAUGAAGGUGAUGGCACCGUUCUGCUUCAGAGAGUGGAUGGACAAGCAGAAGCCUGCCCUGGCCAGUGGUCAGCCGGUGGAUAUGUUUGGAGCACAGUUUGAGACUGAGACGUUUCUCUUUGGUCCUGGGACAUCUGGAACCUCUAGGAGAAAAACUGAUGGCUGGAUCUGGCAACUGGAGGGGUCCUCCAGCAUCUUCAUGAAUGGCAAGGAGUACAACCUGUCCAUAGGGGAUUGUUUUCUUAUUUUUGGAGAGACAGAGUAUCAGUGGAAACGAUCACAAGAUUGUGUCGCUUUGUAUGUUGCCCAAGACCCAGAACGGAAGAGACCCUACUGAGA